ACCAGGUGAAGUAUCUCACAUGGGGUCAACGAUUGUGUAACUGUUAUGCAAGGCCUGACGCGUUUAACCCUGGUGUCAUAUGACCAUAUUGUACACAUCCUUCAACGUGGGCACCCAGUGUCAAGGUUCCCCAACCCCUAUGCUUUGCCUAUUUCUUGAGCAGAGUAGACAUGCACUCCCCCACUCCCGUUCCUUAUGUAUGUUGGUCAACACUACCCUCUUGUGGUCUAGUAGCCUAGUUGGUUCAGUCCUGUCGAAUACUGUUUCACAAUCAAUGACAACUGUCACUUACAACGCAUUCAUAAAAUUGAGCUUCUGUCUACCUGCACCAAAAUGCAUUGAUUAGACUACAAAUCACUGCAAUCUUCUCAAAACAAAGGCAGUGAAAGACUGUUGGUUGGCUGACUCACGGAACUAAAACUAAUAGGCAAGUCGUUUCGUUUGCGCCUGAUGACGAGACCACAUGCAACAGGACAACGUUACCAAACAUUUAAUUUUGAAAAAUGUAAACGACUCAGCUAAUGUAAUCUUUAAUUGGACAUCUUAACUAACGUUCACACUUCUCAUAUCGUUCCCAAACUAACUCUCCAAGCUCAUGUCGCGGGACUAUGACGGAUUUCUGUCUGCACUACUCUUACCUGAAGCCGCGCGCCGAUCCGCCUUGGCCCUGAGGGCUUUUAAUGUAGAACUGGCACAGGUGAAGGAUUCAGUUUCUCAGAAAACUAUUGGUUUAAUGCGUAUGCAAUUCUGGAGAACAGCAGUGGAAGAAAUAUACAGGGAUGACCCCCCACUCCAACCGAUUAGCACUGAACUAUGGAAGGCUGCCCGUACACAUACGCUGACCAAAAGGUGGUUGUUGAGAAUCAUAUCUGAAAGAGAGAAAGACCUAGAAGACAGGGCUUACAGGAACCUUCAAGAGCUGGAGGCUUACUCUGAGAACACCCAGUCCUCACUGCUUUACCUUCUACUGGAGACCAUAGGGAUAAAAGAUGUACAUGCGGACCAUGCAGCUAGCCACAUUGGCAAGGCACAUGGCAUCGUCACGUGCCUGAGAGCGACACCAUACAACAGCCGCCGGAGAAGGGUCUACCUCCCUAUGGACAUCUGCAUGCUACACGGAGUAUCUCAAGAAGACUUCAUCCGCGGGAGCCGGGAGCAGAAUGUCAGGGAUGUGGUUUAUGACAUCGCCAGUCAAGCUCAUGUGCAUCUACAGCAUGCCAGAUCAUUCAGCAAGAGUGUUCCAGCUGCUGCCUCGGCCGCCUUCCUGCAAACUGUUGUUCUGGAGGACUACCUGCAACGAGUGAGGAAGGUCGACUUUGACGUGUUCCACCCCAGUCUACAGAAGCGCAACCCCCUGCUUCCCUUACAGCUGUAUUUCAGGUCGUGGAAAGAGACGUACUGAUGUUAAACACAGGCUAUUUUUUUAUAGCAGAUAUUAAAGAAUUCACUCAGUUCAGAUGAAGUCAUAUCAUGGCACUGAUUCAGUGAGCAUAUACUGAAAUAAAUCAUAUUGACCACGGUUGUA